UGGAAACUCCAGAUCCUCUCUCUCACGUUUCGUCUUCCUCAGCUUGCUUCUCUUCAGUUUCUUCCACUAAUCUAAUCCACUCUCUUCAGUUUCUCCCGAUGGAACCCAAAACGAAAUCCUCAGUCCACCAAGAAGAAGAUUCUAUCAUCCUCCACGACUGCUCAAGAAAAGACGAGAGGGAGAUGGAGAGGGAUGAGGGAGAAUAUGAGGAAGAGGAAGAGGAUGUUGUGGCAGUAAAGGUAGUCAUCUGACUUUUUGGCGGAGUAAUUGAACCAGAGUGUCUCGACGAUUGUUAGGUUUCGGCCUAAGGCUGUUGAUGCGUCUUCGAUCGUUGCGUAUGGGAUCACAUGUGCUCGAACCUAAAGAUGCUCUUCGCAUCAACAAGAGAGAAUUGGUUGUGGCUACAUGAGUAUAAAAGUCUUAGAGCAGUUGGCGAGACAAAUCUUAUCUUCAAAAAGACUAUUCACCAUGUUUUUACAAUGCUGGGGAGGUACUCUUACGCCGAGAGAAAAAAACGAUAAUCUCCUGAUUCCCACGUUAAUGGACAGAUGAACUGGUCAAUGGAACAUAGCCUGCUUGAGCCUAAGACUGAGCUUUGGUAGAGAAACGAAAGGUACAGACAUUAUGUGCACAAGAUCUGGAAUUAAUUAGUCUAAAGAGAGCUCCAGAAUCUGGAACCGCAGAUUGAUGUGAAAAGAGUGUAGGAAGAUCCCUAAGCAUUAUUUAUUUUUGUGGAGAAUACAUGAGGAGGUAAUGGAGAAAAAAACAGCAAGCUUGCUAAACAGUUUCCUACACUUCUGCCCCAUUUGGAGAUUAUAUUGCUUCUCCUACUACUACUAAAUAUACAGGGUUACAAAAAGCUUUUCCUGUAAACUAGAGUAAUGUACUCAAUUUUGAUUCAUCUCAAUGGUCAAUGGGUCUGGCUCUGAAGGUGGUUCAAAGAGGUCUGCUGAGAAUGGGUUUAUUAUAGGAGGUGGCUGUAAUAGCUCGAGCAGCGGAGUAGGAAGACAAACCUGGUCCAAGCUGUCGAGUAGAAGUCGUAAUGCGGCUUUUGAGACAAAUCAGUGUUGGGUAGAUAAGCGUUGAGCAUGAAAGGAAAGGUCUUAAACAUCACAGAAGAAGUAAGUCACAAGAUUUUUACACCACAGAAGAAUUAAGAAAAAGAGUUGGAAGUGGACUACAAUGUAAAAAGGAAACUAAAAGAAUAUUUGUAAUGGAAAGAUUGAAAAAAUUUCUAUGGGUCUGUGUGUUUCUGAUGAUUCGGUUUGGUGUGUAUUGUUUUCAUUGCCAAAAUGGUGUGUUUAGUAAAUUACAAAUAGAGAGAUGGAAUGAUAACUUCAAAUUAAAAUUAGUUACUCAAAGCUUGGUUGAAGUCGCAUUACGUUAUGC